CUAGAGUUCGGCUGUGGACUUUUGGCAUGACCAAUCAAACGGAACACGUCAACGCGAAACUUGAUAUUUACUCUAUGCUUUACAUUGUGUUGACAUUAGAACUUGAAAAAUUAUUGGAGUUGAUUUUAUUUUUUUUAUAAUUAUACUUUUAAAGUAUUUUAGUGUCUUUAUAGUAUCUAAUAUGUUUUCGUGUGAGGUAUGUUCGAAUAAUUAUAUGAGUUUUAAGGCUUUACGCCAACACGCGCGAGAAAAACAUCCUGAAGAAGUUGUUUCCCGUCCCGAAAAAAAAUUUAAGUGUAGUGAAUGUGAAAAACAAUAUAACAAUAAACAAUCCUUUUCGCGACAUGAAAAUCGUGAACAUAAUGUGAAAAUUGUAAAACUGAAUCAAUUUUAUAGGUGUGCCCUUUGCGACUACAAACAUUAUGAUAAAAAUUCUGUUCGCUCUCACAUUUCUUUAUUACAUGAUAUAAGUGUUGCUUCUGAAACCAAGACAUUUCAGUGUAAAGAAGAUUUUUUAGAAUGGAGAAAUUACGAAGAAAAAAUAAAUAAAUGUAAAUUUAUUGCAACUGGAGGAAGCCACAAAAAUCAGAAAAUUCAGAGUCAAACAUUAGUAUGCCAUAGGUCUCAAUAUUAUGAGCCAAAGGGAAAAUCCCAGAGGUCCCUGAAAUUACAAGGAACCUGUAAAAUUCAAGCGUUUUGUCCUGCUGAAAUUAAGUAUAAGGUCACAGAUGGAAUUUACUGUGUAAAAUACGUGAAAAACCAUACACAUAAAUUAGAAUUAGAGCACCUAACCCUCACAUCUAAGGAAAGAGCUAAUAUAGCUUCAAAAAUUGCAGUAGGAAUUUCGUUUGAUAGAAUACUGGAUGAUGUUCGCGAAUCCUUUUACCAAGGAGAAGAACUGGAACGUCUACAUUUACUAACAAGAAAAGACCUUUUAAACAUAGAACGAAGUUUCAAUCUUCGUGGUCAUCAGCAGAGACACAGCAAUGAUGCUUUAAGUAUCGAAUCAUGGAUAAGAGAAGAGUUUAAUCAUAAUUCUUCACCAUCGGUUUUAUUUUAUAAGCCACAAGGUCAGAAAUGUAUGGAUUUUCCACAACUUAGUGAGCAAGAUUUUGCUUUGAUAUUAAUGAAUCAAGCACAAAGUGAAAUCUUACAAAAAUAUAGUGCUACUAUAUGUAUUGACUCCACCCAUGGUCUUAACCAAUAUGAUUUUCAAUUAAUAACCAUUUUAGUAAUAGAUGAUUUUCAUCAAGGAUUCCCUUGUACAUUUUUAAUAUCAAAUAGAACAGAUAGUAUAAUUUCAAGAAUCUUAUUUUUAAAAAUAAAGGAAAGAAUUGGAGAUCUUGCUGUGGAAAAUUUUAUGUCUGACAUGGAUGAGUCAUUUUUCAAUGGCUUCAAAGCAAACUAUGCUGUGCCUAAACGACGACUUUAUUGCUCCUGGUAUGUUGAUAGAGCAUGGCGCAAGAAUUUGUCAAAAGUAAAUUCAAAGGAAAAACAGGCACAUGUAUAUAAAGUACUUAGGACCUUGCUUGAGGAAACUGAUGGAAAUGUUUUUUCUGCAUUACUUACAGAAGCUAUAUCUGCUUUUGUAAAUGACAAAGAUACUAUAGAAUUUGGCAAGUAUUUUAUGCAAAACUAUACAAACAAUGUAGAAUCAUGGGCCUUCUGUUAUCGUUUGUAUGCUGGGGUAAAUACUAAUAUGCAUCUAGAGAGAAUGCAUAGAACUUUAAAAGAAAUAUACUGUAAUAAAAAAAAAGUUAAACGUUUAGACCAUAUGCUGUUUAUCCUUCAAAAAUUUGUACGAGAUCGAUUAUUUGACCAAUUAAUUACACAACAUAAAGGUAAACUAACAAGUAAAAUAAAAGAUUUGAGACAAAGGCACACUGCUAGUUUACAACUAGAUGAUACCUUAAUAAUAGAAUAUGAUGGUGGUUGGAUUUGUCCAAGCUCAAAACAAAGUGAAACAUAUUUCAUUGAAAGACAUAAAGAAAUAUGUGGGUGCCACUUAAGGUGCAAUAUAUGUAAUCACUGCAUCCAUAAUUUUGUUUGUACAUGUAUUGACAAUGCCAUACAAUGGAAUAUGUGUAAACAUAUCCAUCUACUUUGUAGAAGCAAAUAUAUUCUAAAGGUUGACAGUUUGGAAGCCAUUGGAACUAACACAUGCGAAAAUGCUCUAGGUUUAGAGAAAAUUGUUCUUGCAGAAUUAACUCAGAAAACGGCUUCAGUACAAGAGAACUUGGAUGAAGUAAGAAAAAAUUUGUUGGAUUCGUUUAAAGAAAUUAUAGAUAAUGCAGAUGCAGAACAACUUCAAUUUUUAACAUCUAAUUUGAAAACUCUAAAGUCCACAGUAGAUAUUUUGAAAAAAAAGGACACCGUUUUCUUGGAAAAUGAUAAUAAACUUGAAGAGGACAAACUUAGGAAAGAACCCUCUAACAAACAAAUGGAGCCUCAACGAAGAUUAUUUUCAACAAAGAAGAAAACUCAGAGAAAAAAGGAAUCUAUAAGCAAGCCUUCGUCAGAAGAAAAAAAUAAAAUUUCAUUGAAUAUGCUUUUAAAGUGUAAUGAAUAA